UGUCAAAGCAGAGAGCUAGGUUGUUUUUGUUAGAUCGUGUUCAAGUCCAUAAGAAAAACAGUUCUAUUUCAACACCUAUAUCUAUAUUCUCUCUCUCUAGAAUCUCUCUCUUCAAACUCUACUUCUUCUUCCUCUUUACUUCUUUCCUUUUCCAUUUCUCUUCUCAUUCAGGUGGCUUAAUCUUGCGAUUUGGAGAAGACGAGUUCGUUUUAUUUUUUUAACUAAGUUAAUCAUGAUAAAAAGGUUUCCGAGUAGUAGGAAUCAAAGAUCCAAAGGUGUUAAGAUAAAGCAUGUUCUGCAAGUUAUUUUGCUGCUUGGUGUGUGCUUCUGGUUGAUUUACCAGGUUAAGCACAAUCACGACAAGAAGAAAGAGUUCGAUAAGAAUGAUUCAACACUAUCAUCGGUCAGAACUGAGACGGAUAAGGUUGUGAAACUCGGUAGAAAGGAUCUUCAUCCGGUUAAGGAUGAAGUAGAUCAGAACGGAAAGCACGAAGAAGAGGAAGAUGAACCUGUUGUAGAGGAUGCGGAAAAUAAACGUGAACAUGGUGAAGAACAACAAGAAGGGAACAAGAAUGAAACUGAAGAAAGAGAAGAACAGGAUGAAGAAGAAAAUAAGCAUGGAACUGAAGAACAGGAGGAAGGUGAAAAUAAAACCGAAGAGAUUGAAGAUGAAGGAGGAGAUGUUGAGAUAGAUGAAAAUGAUCAUGAGAAAUCAGAUGUUGAUAAUGAUCAAGAUGAUGAGGAUGCAGAUGAAUUGAAAGACAAAGUAGAAGAUAGCGAUGAGACGGAGAAUGAAGAUAAAGAGGAGGACGAGGAAAAGGGAGGUUCAGUUGAAAAUCAUGAAGCUCGGGAGGAACAUUACAAGGGUGAUGAUGCGUCUAGUGCUGUGGCUCACGACACUCACGCAACUAGCACUGAAACUGAACCGAUUAAUUUGACAGAGGCUGGUCUAAGCGUACAAAUGAAUUUAGAACAACCAGACAACGGGACAACUUUUCGUUCUGAUGAGAGUAACAGGAAUCAAAAUGAUUCUGAUUUGAAGGAUAGACAAGGUGAAGCGGCAGAUGCAAUUUCUUCUAAUGUGACUGCCGGUAAAGAGACCGAAAAUAACAGUUUGUCUACCGAAACAGCCGAAAUAAACACUGAUAGCCACUUGGAUGCAAGAAGUAAUCUGACAGCAAUGGUUACUGAAGCAAGCAAUAACUCAACAGGCGCUGGUGAUGACACGGCAAAUUCAUCCGAACAAAUUAAACCCGUUAUUGUAUCCGAGUCUGAUAAUGCUCAAAAUGCAACAGCUAAUACAACAGUUGCUGGAGAUAUAAAACAAACCGAGGUAUUAGAGCAGACUGGCAACAAAACUUCUGAAGGAAACCUGCCUGAUAAUGAUGCAACAGUCUCUGUUAAACCGAAUAAUCGAGAUGCUGCUCCACAAGAAUCUCCUACUCUAGGGGCUAGUGCAUUAGAAAAGACGAUCGAACUUGUAGCUUCAAAUGAAACUGAGAACAUCUCUGGUAAUUUGGACAUAAAUGUGACCUCUGAUACCACUGAAAGCGACAAAUCCAAAGGUAGCACCGAAACUAAAGAAGCAAACGAAACUCAGAAUAUCGACACCACCGUGGAUGAGAUGUUCAAGGGCAAUACUCAAACAGGUGAAACCGAUGAAAAACCAGACUCUUCGUCUGUCAAUGAAAUUCUAGACUCAGUUAUACACGACGCAAUAGAUUCUUCUGACACUCAGAACGUACACGAGGAUAUUGUAUCGGCACGAACUGAUCUUGAUACGUUGCCGGACAUUCAAAACGAAGGAAACGACAGUGAUGAAAAUUCAGCAGAGUGAAUUUAGAGAAUGCUGAUUGGGUUAUAGAAACUUUUGCUUGAUUCAAAAACGUAUCAAGACAAGGUGUUCAAAGGUACAUAAGGUGUAAGAUUGUGUCUAGGUCUGGAUAUGUAUAAUUUAUUUGUUUCUUCCACUUUCUACUUUCAGCUACUAUUGCAUCUUUUAUUUUUAUGCUAGCUUCUUAUUCUUUCA